AUGAGCAACAAUGACACGGCCAUCAAACAACAAUCGGCCGAUGGCGACAUAGCUGGCGCAAUCUCGGAUAAGCCCAUCGACGCGCCUGCAGCGCCUGCGCCAGAAGAUGCCGGAGAGGAUGAAGAAAUGGGUGAAGCCACAACAAAAGAUGGGACACCAGCAGAUGCGACUACACCUGCGGCUCCUAAACCAGCCGUGGAGCAAUCCGCGCGCUCACAUCUCAUCGAUCAGAACCACGCCAUCAUUUUACCAUCAUACAGUGCUUGGUUUGACAUGCACGAUAUUCAUUCGAUCGAGCGCAAAGGCUUGCCUGAGUUUUUCAACAACCGCAACCGGAGUAAAACGCCUGCAGUGUACAAGGACUACCGCGAUUUCAUGGUCAACACAUACCGCUUGAACCCUGCGGAAUAUCUCACAGUGACCGCAUGCCGGAGAAAUCUUGCUGGUGACGUUUGCGCCAUCAUGCGCGUGCACGCCUUUUUGGAGCAGUGGGGCUUGAUCAACUACCAGAUUGACCCCGACACUCGACCCUCAAACAUCGGUCCUCCAUUCACCGGUCAUUUCCGCAUCACCGCAGACACUCCACGAGGCCUGCAGCCACAUCAGCCUGCGCCUGGAAGUACCGUCACUGCAGGCAAACCACAUCCUAGCACCGACCGUCUCACUGCUGGAGGCAAGGUCGAUCUCACCGCAGAAGUUCGCCGCAACAUCUUUGACGACAAAGGCAAGGAUGUUACACCAGCAACGGCAGAGGGAGCUGACGGGAGCUUGGAAGAGAAUUUGAAGCAAGACAGCAAACAAAACUUUUGCUACUCCUGUGGCAAGGAUUGCUCGCGCGUACGUUAUCACAACGUGAAGAAUCCUCCGGCCACGACAGCCACUCCUAAGCCGAACAAAGCACAACGUUACGACUUGUGCAGUCUUUGUUUCCAGGAAGGACGCUUUCCCAGCUCGACCACAGCUGCCGACUACGUAAAGCUCGAGAAUGAGAAAUACCAGAGUCUUGGAGACAAAGAAUCGCCAUGGGGAGAUGCUGAACUCCUAUUAUUGCUCGAAGGACUGGAGCUUUUUGACGACAAUUGGGAGUCGGUGGCUGAACACGUAGGAUCACGGACCCGUGAAGAAUGUGUUUUGAAAUUCCUCCAGUUGGAGAUCGAGGACAAGUUCGUUGACGAUCCGGCCACCACUGCUUUGGCAAGCAACGGAAACGCCGCGCCUGACCUGACCUACCUUUCAAAUGGCAGACUACCUUACAGCCAAUAUGACAACCCAAUUAUGUCGGUCAUGGGCUUCCUCGCAGGUCUGGCAGACCCCGCCACAACCGCCAAAGCCGCGGGCCGAAGCGUGGAAGAGAUGCGCCGGACGAUGCGAGCGCGCCUCGAAAGCGGCUCCAAAGCCGACGACAGCCAAGACAAAUCCUCCGAAUCAGUCAAGAACGAAGCCUCCGGCCAAGGCGACACUUCCAUGGACGUCGAUUCCAACACCGCCCUCGCCACAUCCUCUUCCACCACCAACGACCUCGCCACCACCGCUCUAUCUCUCACCGCCGCCCGCGCCGCUGCCCUCGCCUCCCACACCGAGCGCCAACUCACCAACCAAGUCUCCGCCGCCGUCAACCUCCAGCUCCAAAAACUCGAGCUCAAACUCUCCCACUUCGCUGAGCUUGAAGCCCUCCUGCACGCCGAGCGCCGCGAAGUCGAGCGCAUGCGCCACCGCCUCUUCCUCGACCGCCUGGAAUUCCGCCAACGCGUCCGCGAGGCCGAAGAGAAAUUCGCGGGCUUCCGCCUCGAUGGACCCAAGGCUGGCAAUGGGGCCCUCGGGCUUGAGAAAGCCGGCGCUGCUUCUUCGUCGGCUGCUGAUGUGGAAAUGUAUGCCGAGGGCUCCGAGGGGUUCAUGAAGCAUGAGAUCUGA